UGCAUUCAAUCACCCAAUAGAACGAGUAAAGUGGCCGGAAUCUGUGCUGAAAUUGGCGCUUGGCUACGAUUUCAACCGAAGCAUACUUGGUGUCAUGUGGCCGUCGUCGCUUCAGGAGCUCAGAUUUGGGGAUUACUUCAACCACAGCAUACUUGGAGUCGUGUGGCCACCAUCGCUUCAGGAUCUCGUUUUCGGUAGUGACUUCAACCAAAGCAUACAGCAAGUUGCGUGGCCAGCUUCGCUGCGGCGCCUCGAGUUUGGGUCCAACUUCAACCACAGCAUUCGUGGAGUAGUGUGGCCGCCAUCGCUGCAACGUCUGAUGUUUGGCAGGGCGUUCGACCAGAGCAUUGAAGGCGUGCAAUGGCCGGCGUCGCUGCAGACCAUCGUGUUUGGGGAUCACUUCGACCAAGAUGUGUCUAAGGUCGUGUGGCCGAGCACAUUGAAGGAGCUGCACUUCGGGGAUGAGUUCAAUCGACCGAUGGACAAAGCGUCUUGGCCGCGGUCUCUCCGGGUCCUUACCCUGGGACACCUGUUUAACCAGUCGUUGACCCAACUAGGAUCUUGGAUGCCGCGUUUGUUGGAAUUGACCAUUGAAGGGCACCUGGUUCACAGGCAAACCUCUCUCGUCGGCGUGCAUUGGCCGGCAGGGCUUCAAAAGGUAUCUGCCGAAGAGCUUUGGUACCCACACGGAUUUCCUAUGAGUGCGGAAUUUGUUGACCUGUAGUGGAAAUUGAAUAGCACUAAUUUC